AUGGACGACGACCGCGGCGCGGCAAAAAGAGGAGCGGAGGCGGCCGCGCGGCGCCGGGCGCGCCACGAUUUCGUCCGCGAUGCGCUGAGGACACAAAAAACGACUUGUUCGUUGAACACCCCCCCCCCCCCCCUCUCCUGGUACAUAACGCGACACAAGUAUCCGACGGCCAAAGGCUCGCGUAGAAACCAUCAGCAACAAAGCUCGCACCCUCGAAACCAACCAAGUUGGAGAAGGAACGUGGUCGUUAAGUGCGCUUGCUUCGCCUCGACCGCCGGAAUUCCCGAGACG